AUAAUUUUAACCAUACCUUGAAAGAUUUGUUUAACAUUGAAUAUGAAGUACAUGUAUUUGAUAAUCGCAAUUGCCUGUGGAUUCUGCACGGCAGAGUUGAUAGAAAAAGAGAAAACUGAACAGGUUGACCUUAAGACUAGAAAUGAUCUUGCUCUUUUGAUAAAUAGUGAAUAUGCGAAUACCAGUGCUAAAGCUCUACAAAUGCUCACAACCUGUAAUAAUUCUGUCAACGCUGCGAUAGAAUACUGCUCAAGUAACUGUCAAAGUAGUGGUGGAGGUGGCGGUGAUAAAUUCCAACAGAUGCUUCAAGAUAUUGAUAACACAUUCAGCAAAAUUGGAGCUGACAUCAAAAAAGCAGGUCCAGCAAUCGAAACUGAGUUUAAUAAAUUCAAAGCAACCGUUGAUGCAGAGGCAAAGAAGCUCGGCACUUCAAUUAAAAACUGGGCAAAUAAACAGCAAUGGGCAAUAGACGCUGCAAAAUUCACAGAAAAUCUUGCCAAAAAUAUUGGAUCUACAAUUGCCUCAAAAGCAAAAGAGUGGUUCAAUGCCGCUAAAAAUUGGGGAAAGGAUACACUCAACAAAAUACCCGGAGUGAACCUGAGAAGAAAGAGGGCGGUAACCUGCGAUACCUGUACUCAAAUUGCCAACACAGCCGAAGGCAAAAUGUUGGAAACUGUUUGUGGAGCGGAGACUAUGGGAGAGAUAUUUGUCCUGACGACGCUGUUGGAUAGAAUGUCCACUAUGAUGAAAUCUAUAGAAUCGACGCUUGUUAAUGAGAUCGAUGCCGAUACCGCCAAAACCACUGUCAAGUCUUACGUUCCUCUUGUGUUGACUGCUCCAUUGACCAGUGUCAAGUAUACAGUGAAUAACACAGCCAGUGUCGUCAGUGGAGGCGGUAAAGAAAUAAACCUGGGGAGCACCGACGACAUUGCUGAUGUCGUGGCCGGAAUCAUUUACGCUGAUUAUUUCAAAAUUUAGAAUAUUUUAUUGACUUCCGGUUUAUAACGGGAGAUUUUUUUCUUAUAUAAAGAGAUUAUCGUUUUUUUUUAAAUAUUUGCAUUUUUUAACCUUCAUUGGAAGAAAAAUUUUGACCAUUUGUGACGAUUAAUAAUAAAAUGGCGAUAUGUUUUCUUAAA